UCAUCCACCCGGCUUCUGCAGUUUUGGGUGUGCAAGUGCCCCUCAAAUCCUCUGUACCCAAAAAAUGCGUGUUCCUGUGUAUUUUCGGCCAUCGAAGCAAGUGAGAAUCUUGAGAUGUGAGGAUUUUAUGCGUUUCAAAGGCAAAAAAGGCAAUGCAACACCGUUACAGGCAUUGUCAGUUGUAGAAGAUUUGAACUCUUGGACCUAACUAAUCUGUAAGAACUGGGGGUGUCUAUCUUUUGAAGUGGACCAAACUAGUCCAUAGAAAGUGGGGUUCACAUCUCCGCUUGCGGACAUCGGUCUAUGUUUCAGUUGCAUUGUGCAAGCAACAGACAGAUACACGGUUAAUGAUGGUGUGAAAGUGGAGCCGUUAAAUUAUUUACAUUCAUUUUUUACUUGGAAAAGGUUUAGCUAGGGUUCAAUUCAGACGUGAUUUGGGUGAUAUUUAUCGGUGGACCUUGAAGUGUAGAUUCAUUUCGAGGAAACUUAGAAUCUGACGCGUGUAUGUUUGCACCACCUACUCUCAGCUGUCACAUUGAAGAAAGGAGCCUGUUUUUUACUCAUGAGAUUCAAUUAUUGUUGAAAGGGAAGUAGCCUGUUUGAUCACUUGCAGCUAGAAGGUGAUGGCACUUGAAAGUGCCUGCUUUAAUGCUCGUUCAACAACCAGACCGAAGAGAGAGUUAUUAUUUAUGACUGAAGACACUCAUUGCCAGAAUGGAGUAAUAUCUCUCCACAAAUUAUUGGAGAGAGAGAGAGAGAGAGAGAGAGAGAGAGAGGGUUGUAAUGAUUGUCAGUCAUAUUAUUAGAUUUUGAGGAGGUAAAAUCAACUACCUAUGACUGAAAGGUCAUUAAUUUUUUUCAGGACAGUUACUCAGUUUUUUCUUGUUUUUUUUUGUUUUCGGUCAGCCAGUUUUUUCUUGUUGACAGGUGAUAAGAGGGAGUAGUGACAGUUUGUGCAAAUUUAACAGUACAAUUUGCUAUAACUGGUUUGAUUCUGGAGUGUUUUAGUGCUUGGGGAAAUGGUGGUGGUGGUUUGGGCAAUGGGUGGCAGGACCACAAACCACCGGAGUGUAUAUGCUGAGCUUGUUCUGUCCCGGCCAAAAAGGAAACCAGAAGGAAACCCACGUGGGCUUUGACAGAUUGAGUUACACUGAUGUGUUUGAUAGGAAGGGAGCUUAAAUUGCUGAGAUACUAAUGAGUUUAAUCUCCUAAGUGACAAUACUAAUUUUUAGACACCAACGGGCCUUUUUAUCUGCCUCUGUUGUUAGUGGUUUGCACAGGUCUCUUCAAGGUUUAGGGAACACUGAAGCUUGUUGAUAUCUUCCUCACCGAGCUCUCUGAAACAGCGAUCUCAGGUUUUAAUUUUGUUAAGGUAUGUGCUGAAUAGAGAAGUUUGGUAGCACAAUCUGUAGAGGGUAUCUGAAUUUUCAUUUAUGAGAUUCCUCUAGCAAUGGACUGGACCUCAAAAACUCCCUCAGAGUGGGACUGGGAGAAUCUUUGUAUGUCUAAUGGAAAGACAAUUGAAAUUCCAAAACAUGUACAACUUUCAAGCCAUGAGAUUGAGGGAGAGGGAGAUGGAAAUGAAUUUCUUUAUUCGUCGGCGGAUUCUUCAUUGAAGGAAGGAGUGGAGACUUUCAGCACUGUUGAUGGGUUGCCCAUAGAUUGUUGUCAGAAGGUAGUAUUUUCUGAGAAUUUUCCGGCAUUGGGGGAUUCUAUAAGCAGUGGUGGUCCAAUGAUUGGUUUGAAGCUUGGUAAGCGGACGUAUUUUGAGGACAUGUGUGCUUCCGCUAGCUCAUCGAAGACCGCUGCACCUAUUUCCAUAAUUCCUACAUCAAGUGCUGCUACAGCAAGGAGAUCUAGGGUGCCUAACCAUGGUGCACAGGCCCCGCAUUGCCAAGUUGAGGGAUGCCACCUUGACCUCAAGUCAGCUAAAGAGUACCACCGUCGACAUAGAAUUUGCGAAAGCCAUUCCAAAAGUCCAAGGGUCGUUGUAGCCGGGGUGGAGCGCAGGUUUUGCCAGCAGUGCAGCAGGUUCCAUAACCUGUCGGAGUUUGAUGACAAGAAGCGGAGCUGUCGAAGGCGGCUCUCUGAUCACAAUGCACGACGCCGCAGGCCACGUCAGGAGGCGAUCCAGUUCAACUCCAUGAGAGCUUCAUCAUUAAACGAUUUAGCGCCGUCUGCCGGUCGUUCUAACUUGGACGUAGCAACAGAUCUUCGUCAUGCUCACUCUCUUCUGUCAACCAAUUCCUGGGGUUCGAAUGAGCCUGAACCCACUUCACUGGGGCAGUUCAUUCAGGUAAACCAAAGAAGUGGAUCCCAGCCAAUGAUACAUGCAGAGCCACAAAAUGCGGCACUUGCUUCAUCGCAGCACAUGAGACCGGAGGAACCAACUGCCAUGUCCCGUCUGCAUUCAUUGGAUUUGCAUAGUAACGGGAAUAACCAGUUCCAAGAGUUUCAGUUCUUCAAAACACCUUACGAGUCUGGCUGCUUCUAUUCUAAUCAGAUCAACUGAUAUUUGGGGCAAAUCCAGCCAUUCCAGUGUCUAAAGCUGCUUGUUAUGAGAUGUCAAACUCGAGAUCACUUGUCCAUCCAUGGAGACGCCUCUGGGCUAUAUCCAAGAAAUUUGGCGAUUUAGAGAGUCUAUUUGGCACACGUCUUAACUCCCCCAGCAUGUGCGGUUCGGUCGGUGCGGGGGUUGUGCGGUUCGGUCGGUGCGGGGGUUAUAGUGAGAUGAGAAGCUCUAGUGACAAGACAUAGACUUGAAGACCUGGCCCGUUAGACUGCCAUGUCCUUGCUAUAAGAAUUUUGAAGGCAUCCAACCCUGAACCGAUUAUCCAUAGGUGGAGAGGCCCUAGACUACACGGAACUAGCUUGGGUGGCCACAGGCACUGCAACCAUCACCUCCACCACAGUGAGUCCCUCCACCACCAAGAGUGGCGCAAUGAAGGUGGUUCCUCACUUUGUUCAUAGCAUGUGCUUGAACGUCCAAUCCUUUGAGGCACAGUGAGCGUGUCACCCCCACCACCUCCACUGCGAGCGGCCCAACUCUUCCUCAGCGGCCUGGGAGACCUGUAGAAUCAGAAGAUUUCGAAUGUACAGAAAUCGGACAAAUGUGUAUAGAACUUAUCUUUUUUCACAUUUCUAACUAAAGACAGUUUGAUACGUUUAGAGGUAGAGUCGAUAUGUAUCUCUGAUCACUACACGAUAGUUAGAAGAUGCGAAAUUCUAUACCAUCAACAUAUGCAAUACAUUAUGAAAUUUU